AUGGUCCAAAGUGAUGCUAAUCUGAUUGGUGGUAACAUCGUUAGAGCGCAGCGUGAACCUGAAUCAUUGUCCACGGAUGAUCAAGAAAAUUCGAAAGUGAAUCCAAAUAACCAACCCCAUAAAAAUGAGGAGAAAAAGACUCACGAAAAAGGAUUCAUUGGGUCUUUAAAGAAAUGUCUUCGCUGGAUCUCUCUCCCAUUUGGAUCGAAAUACCUUUUAGGUGUCAUCCUUAUUAUAUGUGUUGCGAUAAUUUGGGUUGCUUCUUCCAUGUGGAUUCAGUACAUAUUUGGUGAUUUAAAUUAUAAUCGACCAUACUUUUUAACAUAUUUCAACACGACACUUUUUUCAUUAUAUAAUUUUGGAUAUUUGUUCAUGCCAUCCUGGAGACGCCUCAGGUGGAGGGAUAACUCCCACCACUCCACAGAUCCCGAAAUUCUUCGCUCAAACGCGGAGUUGGCCCGAUUUAUGCAGGAUCAACGAAAUGACCCCAGGGAAUUUAUCGGCCAGAGAGGGGAAAUGCAGGAUGGUCAUGUACACGAAUCGGAGCCCGCCAACCCCACCACAUUUAAUUCCAUUGGGACUGUUCACGGCGCCGAGAAUGCCGAAACCGAAAGAGUUCAGGGAGGUGGGAUUCCCUCCGCGGAUGCCGCGGCCAACCACCCCGCAUUUCUUUAUCCAUCCAAUCCCACGACCGUCCAAUCUGUGGGGGAUGAGGAGAUGCUGCCGCGUUAUUCGAUGUACAAAAUUUGGCAUUGCGCGAUGUUCUUUUGCUUUUACUGGUUUGCCGCCAAUUAUCUCUAUAACCUCUCAUUAUCUUAUACCGAUAUCAGCUCCAACGCGGUAUUAUCCUCCACAACCAAUAUCUGGACACUUUUGUUUUCGUACUUAAUUUUGCAUAAACGUGUGGGGAUGUUAAAGUGCUUUGCCGUUGUGAUGUGUGUAGGGGGAUCUAUUAUUAUCGCGAUGAGCGAUAGCAAUGAAUCCUCGUCAUCGAUUAAAACCAGUGAUAAAUUGAUUGGCGACGUACUUGCACUGGUUUCUGCCUUUUUCUAUUCCGUUUAUACAUCGGUUCUGAGCAAAUGCCUCCCCGAUGAUGAUCGCUACAGCAUGUUUAUGGUUUUUGGUGCUGUGGGGACGAUCAAUUUGGUGUGUUUUUGGCCAGGACUCAUCGCGCUGAAUUCGCUUAAAUUUGAGAUCUUUACCUGGCCAAGCAACGUCCAGUUCUGGUCGAUGCUUGUGAACUCCUUGAUUGGUACCAAUCUUUCGGAUAUUCUAUGGGCCCGCAGUGUUGUUUUGGCCUCCCCUGUCAUCGCGACGCUGGGCGUCUCGCUGACAUCACCUUUUUCCAUGAUCGCGGAUGCCAUUUUUAACGGUAAGACCUUCAGUGGAUUGUAUGUAUCGGGUGCACUUAUGGUCAUGUCCGGAUUUGUGCUCGCCAAUGUCCCUAAAAUAAAUUUUAGUUACUUCAAGAGGCGUUAA